UCAUCUAUGUCCAAGCAACAAAUAAACCAAAGACCUUCAAGCAUGGUCAGUGAAACAUCGACUGCAGUAACUACAUCUGCUAUUGAUACAAAACCUGGCUCUAAGGUUGUGAAGGCUGGAAACAAAGUUCAUAGCUUUGGAAAGAGGGAACAAGCUAUCAGGAGGAAUCCCAAUGUUCCUGUUAUAGUAAGAGGCUGGCUACACAAACAGGAUAGCUCUGGAAUGCGAUUAUGGAAAAGGCGAUGGUUUGUGCUUGCUGAUUAUUGUUUGUUUUACUACAAAGACAGCAGAGAAGAAUCUGUUUUGGGUAGCAUACCAUUGCCUAGUUACGUAAUAUCUCCAGUUGGACCUGAAGAUCGCAUAAAUCGCAAAUUUUCUUUUAAGGCUGUUCAUACAGGUAUGCGGGCUUAUAUUUAUAAUAAGAAUUCUGUUAUUGGCUCUCAGGCAGAGCAUUCAGGGAUGCGGACGUACUACUUCAGUGCAGAUACCCAAGAGGAUAUGAAUGGCUGGAUCCGGGCUAUGAAUCAAGCUGCUCUUAUGCAAACACGCUCUUCACUUAAGAGAGAAACAGAAAAAGUGGAUCAGCAAGCUGUUCCCCAAGUCAAUCAUGUGGAUGCCUGUAAAGAAUGUAUGAAGGCAGACAUUACAGAUACAAAAGAAAGCUAUCAAAAAUCAGCUGAAAUGCUUGGAUAUGAUAAGCGUGAAGAGAUAAGAAGAGAAAAAGAGGAGGAGGAGCGUUAUAUCCACAGAAAAGAAACUCUGGAAACUAAGAAGGGAAAGGCUAAGCAUGCGUUAACAGAAGCUGAUUCAUUAUUUCCAGACUUAACGAAUGCAUCACGGUCCCAAGUAGCUCAGCCUCAGCCAGCUGAGAAGAAUGGAACGCUUCCUAGUUCAUUAAGUAUGAGUGCUGGCCUAGUGGAGCAGAAUGGUACCAGCUCAUAUAAAAGAGGGUUUGUUCCCAGAACAAAUCCAGAUAAGCAGAUUCAAAGAAAAAGUAACAUGGCUCAAGUGGAGCACUGGGUGAAAGUCCAAAAAGGAGACACAAAAAGCCUGACUUCUGAUCAGACUCUUACACGUCAGGGUCCCAAUCCACCUUUUCCUGAAAACUAUCACACUUUGCCAAAGAACACCAGGCAGCCUUCAGGGAACUCACCACCUCCGCCAAACCGCAAUUUGCCGAGUGACUACAAAUACGCGCAAGAUCGUGUUAGCCACUUGAAGAUGUCCCAGGAGGAAAGAAAAGCAAAUAAGGAUGGAACUGUUUGGCAGCUAUAUGAGUGGCAGCAGAGACAGCAAUUUAAACAUGGCAGCCCCACUGCCCCGCUUUAUGUAGGUUCUUCAGACUUUAUUGAUCGUGGUAAGUCUAAAAGUUCAUUGGAUGUUCCACGAUCAAUAUCUGUUCCGCCAUCUCCAUCUGAUAUUCCUCCACCUGGACCUCCAAAAAGUUUUCCCUUGAGAAGACCACAUACUCCUGCAGAAAGGCUUACAGUCAAACCAUCUGAUGAGAGACAGACUGUAGACGUUCCUUUUGCUGGAUCACCCAGGAAGAUACGAAAUCAUACUGUAAAG